CGGCCGUGGCGGGAGCGCCGCCGUGUCCCCGGAGGGACGGCGGGGCCCGGGCGGUGACACCGGCAGUGACAGCGGGCAGGGCCGCGCCGGGCACAGCCACCGCCGCGCUCCCCGCGCCGCCCGGGCCGGGCCGCCGCUCCCCCGGGCCGGGCGGGGUCACCUUCAUGGGCGGGCGGGAGCACGCGGCGCUGCCCGGGGCCUGCUGAGGCGGCGGCGGCGGCGGCGAAGCGGCGGGACCGGGAGCGGGAGCGAUGUUCGUGCAGGAGGAGAAGAUCUUUGCGGGGAAGGUGCUGAGGCUCCAUGUGUGCACCAUGGAGGGCGCCGAGUGGCUGGAGGAGGUGCCCGAGGACACCACGGUGGAGAAGCUCAAGGAGCGGUGCCUGAAGCACUGUCUUCCUGGGAGCUUGGAGGAUCCCAAAACUGUGACACAUCACAAGCUGAUCCAUGCUACUUCUGAGAAGGUGCUGACAGACACAAAAACAGUGUUGGAGGAGAACAUUCAGGACAGAGAUGUGCUGCUGCUGGUCAAGAAGCGCGCGCCGACGCUGCUCCCCAAGAUGUCAGAUGUGGUUGCAGAGGAGAAAAGGAAGCAGGAGCAGAAGGCUCCUGACAAGGAUGCCAUCCUCAAAGCCACUGCCAACCUGCCUGCCCGCAGCGUGGACCGCAGCGUGACCCACCACAACAUGAGGGAUUUUCCUUUCUUGCAGUUCCAGACAGAGCUCCGGAAGAUUUUAGUGUCUCUCAUAGAAGUUGCACAGAAAUUGCUCGCACUGAACCCAGAUGCAGUUGAACUGUUUAAGAAGGCAAAUGCCAUGCUGGAUGAGGAUGAGGAGGACAGGGUGGACGAGAUCGCGCUGCGCCAGCUCACCGAGAUGGGAUUCCCAGAGAGCAGAGCUGUCAAAGCCCUCAGGCUGAACCACAUGUCUGUGACCCAGGCCAUGGAGUGGUUGAUAGAACACGCUGAUGACCCUUCUGUGGAUGCUCCUCUGCCAGGUUCUGCUCCUGCAGAAGCCCCAGCUGAAGGUGCUGCCUCCUCUGCUGAGGCAGCUGCAGGUCCCAGCUCGGAGGAGGGCGGGGAGGAGGCCAAGGAUGAGCUGACUGAAAUCUUCAAGAAGAUCCGCAGGAAAAGAGAAUUUCGUCCAGACCCACGGGCUGUCAUUGCCCUGAUGGAGAUGGGAUUUGAUGAAAAGGAAGUGGUGGAUGCACUCAGAGUGAACAACAACCAGCAAAAUGCAGCUUGUGAGUGGCUGCUGGGAGACAGAAAACCUUCUCCAGAGGACUUAGAUAAGGGCAUUGACACCAACAGCCCUCUCUUCCAAGCCAUCUUAGAAAACCCAGUGGUACAAUUAGGGCUCACCAACCCUAAAACUCUACUAGCCUUCGAGGAUAUGCUUGAAAACCCCUUGAACAGCACUCAGUGGAUGAACGAUCCCGAAACGGGGCCGGUGAUGUUACAGAUCUCCCGAAUCUUCCAGACACUGAAUCGCACGUAGAGGGAGCUGCCAGUGCACUGUGCCACUUCCCCCUGGCCCUCACUGCCCCUCCACCUCCACAGGAGGCUGCCUGGAUGCUUGGGAAGGGGUGGAGGGGAGGGAGGGAGGGAAGGGGCAGAUCCUGGCUGGAGGGGUCUCUCACACGAGAGCUUUCGUAGUUACGGCCAACAGGAGUGAGUUGCCUUGUGGAUUUAGUGUUAGUGGAAGAGCUUUGAGGAUUUGUUCAUGUUUUCAGGUAUUAGGUUUAAAAUAAAGUCUAUAUAUUAAAAAAAAAAAAAAUAGGAAAAAGGUUUUGUGAAAACACUUCAGAAUCUGAUUGUUGGAAAGAAGUAUUGCUCGUUCAAAAGGCCUGUGACAGUUUUCUGGCCAGUUUUGCUAGGAUCUGGCUGGUGUUUACAAAAGGUCACUGACCACUAGCAUAGGAUAUUAAUCAUCUCCAUGCAGUAUUAAUUUAUAGCUCUUAUCAAAUUGCAAAACUGCUUUUAAAAAAAAAAAAAUUAUUCUUAGGAAAUCUUUUUUAAAAGCCCAAAUCUUGGGAGAGCAAGCACAUUUCUAUCCAAGCUUGUUUAUCUGGCAUUUUAAUUUAAGCAGAAUCAUUCAGAGAUGGAAUUCUAAUAAAUAGCAUUACUUUUUCCUA